GUCACCUGAUAGAUAGCAGCCUAUCACACCAGUGACGCCAGCCACUACAGCGCAGAAGACGGGAGUUGGCAGAUUUGGUGCUGCUGGACUGUCAGAAGGGGAGCAAGGGUGGCUACGUUAAUGCAAUGCCGAAUAAAACGAAAAAAGAUAAGGAGACCCCCAAGUCUGGUAAAGUCGGGAAAACUGGAGCACAAGAGAAUUCAGAACAUGAGGGCUCCAACAGGAAGGGCAGUAACAGUGUUCCUCCCACCACUCAGCUGCUGAAGGGGAAGCAGCCCGGGGCCCAGACCCCGGUUAAAAAGGACAAGAGGCAGAGCUCGUCCAGGUUCAGCCUCAGCAACAACAGAGAGCUGCAGAAGCUGCCUGCAUUCAAAGAUGUCCCCCCCGCCGAGCAGGAGAAGCUCUUCAUCCAGAAGCUCAGACAGUGUUGUGUGCUCUUCGACUUCCUGUCCGACCCGCUGAGCGACCUGAAAUGGAAGGAGGUGAAGCGGGCGGCGCUGAGCGAGAUGGUGGAGUACAUCACCCACAACAGGAACGUCAUCACAGAGCCCAUCUACCCUGAGGUGGUGCACAUGUUUGCAGUGAACAUGUUCAGGACGCUGCCGCCGUCCUCCAACCCCACGGGCGCCGAGUUCGACCCCGAGGAGGACGAGCCCACGCUGGAGGCUGCUUGGCCGCAUCUGCAGCUCGUCUAUGAGUUCUUCCUGCGGUUCCUCGAGUCGCCCGACUUCCAACCAAAUGUAGCCAAGAAGUACAUCGACCAGAAGUUUGUAAUGCAGCUGCUGGACCUGUUUGACAGUGAAGACCCUCGGGAACGAGACUUCCUGAAGACCACCCUGCACCGCAUCUACGGCAAGUUCUUAGGGCUGCGUGCCUACAUCAGGAAACACAUCAACAACAUCUUCUACAGGUUCAUUUAUGAAACGGAACAUCAUAAUGGAAUAGCAGAACUAUUGGAAAUAUUAGGAAGCAUAAUCAAUGGGUUUGCCUUACCAUUGAAAGAGGAGCACAAGAUUUUCCUGUUGAAAGUUCUGUUGCCUUUACACAAAGUCAAGUCUCUCAGUGUGUAUCACCCCCAGCUGGCAUACUGUGUUGUGCAGUUUCUGGAGAAGGACAGCACUCUCACAGAGCCGACAGUGAUGGCUCUGCUGAAGUACUGGCCCAAGACCCACAGCCCCAAGGAGGUGAUGUUCCUUAACGAGCUGGAGGAGAUCCUGGACGUCAUCGAACCCAGCGAGUUUGUCAAGGUCAUGGAGCCCCUCUUCAGACAGCUGGCCAAGUGUGUCUCCAGCCCGCACUUCCAGGUGGCAGAGAGAGCUCUUUACUACUGGAACAAUGAGUACAUCAUGAGCCUGAUCAGUGACAACGCGGCCAGGAUCCUGCCUAUCAUGUUCCCCUCGCUCUACCGCAACUCCAAGAGCCACUGGAACAAAACAAUCCACGGGUUGAUCUACAAUGCUCUGAAGCUCUUCAUGGAGAUGAACCAGAAGCUGUUUGAUGACUGCACUCAGCAGUUCAGGGCAGAAAAGAACAAAGAGAAGGCCAAGUGGAAAGAGAGGGAAGAUGCGUGGAUCAAGAUAGAGGAUCUGGCCAAGUCCAACCCUCAGUUCCUGGUGUUCGUGGAGCCAUCAGGCCUGGGCAGCCCCGUGGACAUGGAGACGGACGGCCCCAUGCUGGAGGACGUCAACAUGCUGAAGAAGACCGUCCAGGAGGGAGCCACGCAGAUCCAGCGGGACCAGAGGAAAGAGCGUCCGAUGGUGCGCAGGAAGUCCGAGCUGCCCCAGGACAUCUCCACCGUCAGCGCCCUGGAGACGCACCGGAGGGCCGAAGAAAUGCUCACCCCGCAGGACGCAGUCUAGACACCCACACACCCUGAGACACCCAGAGAGCCGCCCUGCCGGCCCCACACUGACCAACACUGGCCAGCCCAGACCAGCCCAGACCAGCCAGGCAGCACCAGUAGGGUAGAGAACAGAACAGCACAAUUCAAUAGCACCAUCCCAGCUCUGCUGAACAGGUCUUGUGAGAGAUUUGCUUUGACUGUGUCCAGUUCAGCAUGGGCAACUGAUGAAGCCACUUCAAUUAAGGACACAAACACACACACACACACACACACACACACACACACACACACACACACGCACAGACAGUCAGUCAGUCAGCCACCUCUCUCACUGUCCUCCUGUAGACACUCGGGUGCAGUGCUGCCCCCCUCUGGUCAUUUUCUCUCAGGUCGUCUAUUUUUCCUUCUGUCCUUUCUCUCACCUCUUUUAGCAGGCAUAGUCUACCCACCACCACAUCCCACUAGAUGGCAGCUUUGAUUUAACACUUGUUUAUUCAAACAGGUUUGAUUUCACUAUUACUUUCUCUGUAGCUUUUUUUUAAUUUUUUUUUAUAUACUCGUGGAAACUCAUCUGAUAUCUUUAUUUUUUGAAAGGUCACUGAGCAAGUGACGGUUCUCUGACCUUUUAACAGCAGGUUUCACUUCCACCUCUGGUGCUCUGGUGUUCUGGGCCCUGUUCCAGCCAGGUUUCUAACCUGGAGGGAAGGCACUGGGGCCAGCUGAGAAGCCUGUCUGGAAGUGAUGGUCACGGCUAAUAAAGUCACAUCUGAUGAGGCUGGGCUGUCUGUGGGCCAGCCUCCUCGACGAUCUCAUCUCUGAUGGACAUCUGUUCUGCUGUAGAAACAUCGCCUGGUGCCAACUUCAGUAUCAUUAUUUUUUUUAUCAAACUUUUUUAUUUUUUUUAUCUGUAUGGUAUUGUAGGCAAUAAGCUUACCCAGUUUGCAGUGUGCAUUGGUUGUUCAAACAAUGGUAUAUGGCUCUGUCAGAGGACACGCACACAUCCGUACAUAUGCUUCUGAACUCUCACUGGCCCGUUAUUGAUCCUCUUUACUUUAUUAGUCACCACGCUACAGACAACUGUUGUUACUGUUGUCAACCUCCACCUGAAGUCCCGUCUCUCCCCUGGUCUUGGAGGAGGAGAAGGAGCGAGUGCUGGGUCUACAAACUCCCAUGGAGCCCCCAUCAUCUUAGUGGGUAGAGAGGAACUGAGCUUGCCAAGGUUACACUCUGGUAAUGUUCCUGAAGGCUGUUUUUUUUACCACUCAUACGGAGUAAAAAACAAAAAGUGCGCUCUUACACUAGCAAGUAGCCUGAGAGGUUUAGCUCAGAAAGACGUUGAACACAAGCCUUUCUUUUUUAGUGCCUUUAUUGUACAAGGGGGGUUAUGGACCACGCUCGGCAAAAGCACCGCAGGGCAAUCUACAUGCCAAACGGUUUAUAUUUAGCAUUGACUCCUAGCAGCUACUCAACACAACACCCAGUAUCCCGUAUGUAUGUGUGUGAAAGCACUGUAUGUAUGAACAGCAUGUCAACUUGUCAAAUGCUGUCAAGCUGCUGGGUCUAUCGUAGAUGCCUUGUUUAACGGGCUUAGCUGUCGGGUGAAUAGUGUAAAAGAUGAUGAUGAUGAUGAUGAUGAUGAUGAUGAUAAGGAGGAGUGACCCCAACUACUUAACUGAAAAAGCACUUCCUGAAAAAACUUUCAAAACGACACACACGAACAAUAAAAUGGAGGUGAAUAGAAAAUGCUGUCUGGCAUAUGCUGUGUGACUUCCCCCUGUGUGCCUAGUGACCGACAUGAGAGAGACUCUUCUCACCCACUCUCCCCCCCCCCCCCUUCCAUGCCCAGUGAGUAUCGCUGUCCUGGUGUCCAGUACCAUUGUUUGAGACCUCAGCCAACCUGCACGCUUGCUGGCUGUUACCCCCGUCUAGAGACGCCCGUGUUCCGCGCCUCCGAGUCGGUUCCUUUCCUCUGUUCCUUUUUUUUGGGGGGGGGGGGUCUGUGAAACCUCAAGUUGAUGUUCCGAUCUGAAUGUGCACAUUGUAAAUACACUUUUACCAUAACUGCAUUGUUUUCAUCUCUUUGGUCUUUGUCUUAAGUAAUUACACGCUUCAAUAAUUUAUGCUUUUAUCCUCCCCAAGUGUGUCCGAUCGAUUUUAAUAUUUGAACACUUUCCCGCCUAUCCCUUCACCCUACCUGACCUGGUGUCUCCUACUGUAUAGCGUCCAGGUGUUCUGUGCAGAGGGCUGGAGUUAGACUAGACCUUCAUGGUUCUCCACGGAGCUGCUGUCUCCCUGUUGGUAGCUGUAGUUCAUGAAAUGGCUUUAAUAAUGGCUUCUCUGGAGCACUGUUGACUUACUCUCGCAUUUCUUUCUAAAGAAUAAUAUUUGCAAGUGUCCUUUUAGUAUACUUGCUGUACUAAAUGGCUUCAUCCAAUAUGUACAUAUACUGUACUUUGUUUUGUUAUAUCUAUUAUUAAAUGGUAGAUUUCAUAUUUUGUACAAAAUGCCCCAGUGUACAGACCACAGAGGCUUUUAGCACUGCAGACAGUUGGUAUGUGGCACCGUCUCCAUAACAUGUAACUAUUUGCAUUUAGAGAACGGUUUAGAAUUGGGAUUCAAAUUGUUUUUUUAAUCAAUUUGUAAUUUAAGAUAUUUUUUCUGCAUUCAAGCGUAUGUGUUGAGAAUAUCUUACAUACAUGAGCUUUUUGUGUGUGCUUUAUGCAAAUCUUCUGUGGUGUACAUCUAUCUAUAUACAGUAAAUAAAGAGAACAUGUGAGUUUUAUAUUUUCAUCCUACA